AUGAUUACCAAACCGGAUUUCAACUAUGGUCUCAACUUAAGUGCGCACAUGCUAAAUGAAAAUGGAGGUGAAGAACUACAACUUCAGUGUUGUGUUGGCAGUGAAGAAGAGUGGAAGUUAUUUUCAGACAAUAAUUUUAAUCAAAAUAGUUCGAAGAUUAAUUAUCAUAACAAACAUUUCCUUAAAAAUAAAAUAUACGACAAAGAAACAAGAAUUCAAGGAAAAGUUGUGGUCAUCACUGGUGGAAAUUCAGGAAUAGGAAAAGAAACUGCAGUGAAUUUAGCCAAACGUGGUGGAAAGAUUUACAUUGGUUGUCGAGAUAACAUCAAAGGAGAAAAAGCUUUGAAAGAAAUCAAAAAACGAUCUGGAAAUAAAAAUGUUUUCUUGUUGAAUUUAGAUUUGGCAUCAGUUGAAUCUAUAAGAGAAUUUUCCAACAAAUUUCAUGAAGCCGAAAGCAAACUUCACAUCUUAAUUAACAACGCUGGUGUUAUGGGAUGUCCAAAAUCGAAGACUAAAGAUGGAUUUGAAACACAUUUUGGAACAAAUUAUCUUGGCCAUUUUCUUCUGACGAAUCUACUUCUUGAUAUAAUGAAGCAAUCGAUCCCCAGUCGAAUUAUUUUUGUAUCAGCAACAGCUCAUAAGUUCGGAAUCUUGAAUAAAGAAGAUUUAAUGAGUGACAACUCAUAUUCAAGAUUCAAAGCGUAUUGUCAGUCAAAAUUAGCAAUCAACCUGUUCGCUUAUGAACUUAGUAAGCGAAUAGUUGGAACGAGAAUAACUGUGAACAUAGCUGAUCCUGGAAUUGUCGUUACUGAUAUUUGGAGACAUUAUGUUAAGCCAGAUUGGUUGAAAUCGAUCCUUCAAUCAAUCCUAAGAAAGUUCUUAAAUACACCAAAAGAAGGAUCGCAAACAUCUUUACGACUUGCAGUUGAUAAAAAUUUGGAAAGAAUUUCCGGCAAAUAUUAUAAAAGUUGUAAAGAAAUUGAACCUUCUGUCGAUUCGAGGAACGAAGAAUUAUCAUGCUGGUUAUGGAAACGAAGUGCAGAAUUAAUCGAAUCUUUAAAAGUCGUAUUAAUUACUGGUGCAAAUACAGGAAUAGGAAGAGAAACUGCAAUUGACCUCGCACGAAGAGGUGGAAAAGUUUACAUCGCGUGUCGUGACAUGGAAAAAAGUGAACAAGCAUUGGAAGUAAUCAGAAAAGAAUCUCAAAGUUCAGAAACGUUUCUGUUGAAUCUCGACCUUGCCUCGAUUGAAUCAAUCAGAAAAUUCUCAAAGAAUUUCCAUGAAAUUGAAUCAAAACUUCACAUCUUAAUCAACAAUGCCGGAGUUAUGGCUUGUCCGAAAUCAUACACAAAAGACGGAUUUGAAAUGCAAAUUGGCGUUAAUCACCUCGGACAUUUCCUUUUAACGCAACUGCUACUUGAUCGUCUUAAAGCAUCAGCACCAAGUCGAAUUGUUGUCGUGUCAUCGUCGGGUCAUAAAUUGAGUGAUAUUAACAAAUUAGAUUUAAUGAGUGACAAAGCUUACAACAAGAUCAAAGCUUAUGGUCAAAGUAAGUUGGCGAAUAUUCUUUUCACUCGAUAUUUGGCAAUGAAACUUGAAGGUUCUGGAGUGACUGUUAACAGUUGUCAUCCUGGAAUUGUUCAAACAGAUCUUGGACGGCACAUGGAAUCAUGGCUUCGACCAAUCUAUCGAAAAAUUUUAUUUCCAUACUACAAAUCAAUCAAAGAAGGCGCCCAAACACAAAUCCGUCUCGCAGUUGAUCCCGACUUGGAACAUGUAACAGGAAAAUAUUUCGUAGAUUGUCAUGAAGUUGAACCAUCGAAAGCAGCAUUAAAUGAUGAAACAGCUGCUUGGUUGUGGAAGAAAAGCACAGAAAUGAUUUACGUGAAAUACAAACAACUUGAAAAGAUGCAUUUAAUUAAGUAUUGA